AUUUUUACAACAGGGGUGGGGUUGUAUCCCAUUUGGGAAUGAGGAAUCGUGCAGGAUCACUGGAUUGAAAAAUGAGUGAGGAAGCUGAGAAUGUGAUAGAUACUGAUGAGGACAAGAGCUCUGGAGAGGAGUCACAAUCCUCAAGCAUAUCUUCCCAACAAAUACAACACAGCUGGGUGUUUGUAGAAAAAGAUCAGGUGGAUGAAGUUGACAUGCCAAAGGAUUCUUCUGGUGAUGACAAGUGCAACUGCCUCCCAGACUCUCCUUGUGCAAAUGAUUGCCCAGAAAAUUAUGAAGAGACUCAGCACCCUGAGGUCCCUUCCUUGUCUGUGCCAAUACAGACAGGACUGCUUCGUGUGGAUGCAACUGGGACUUUGGAGUCAUGUGCAGUGAUUGAGCACAGAGAGAGUGACAGUGACAUAGAGGUUGUUGAAAGAGCCAACAACAUCGAGAGCCUGAGUUUGAGUUCACUUGAUGAGAUCCUCCCAAGAACAUAUCAACGACUGCUGAUUGACAUCCUCAAUAGUCGACAACGCCAUUCAUCUGAGGAACGAGAAGGUGAAAGAGGAACUCCAGAGUCCAGCUCUCAUCAAGAAUCAGAUGAGCUUGAAGCACUUGAAGAUGACAUAGAUCCUGGAAGCACAGAUCUGCCAGCUAACUUGAGUGUUAUUCAGCCAGAAAAAAAAUAUGUUCAUCACCGUAAUGCCAAACUCAACCUUUUGCUCAAUGUUGUGGUUGCAAUUACCAUUGCAUUGGUCCUGGGACUUGGAGUUGGGCAUUUCCUUGGGUGGUCAAGCCAAUGGAGCCAUUACACUCAGAUUCAGACUGCACAGACUCAGCGUUUACGUACCUUGCAAGAUGAGUUGGUGACAUGCAAAAUUGAUCUGGAUGAUGACCAUGAUCAAGAUGAUAGGAUCAUUGCCAAGCUUGCCUCUGAGAAUGAGGCACUGUGGACAUCAGUGAGAAGUUUGCAGCGAGAAGUUUCUAGCCUUAGUGAAGAAUCCAGUCAGAAAGUGAUCUCAUUGAAAGAGGAGAUGAACAGAUUACUCAGAGAAAAUGAUGAGCUUCGUGCAGCUGUAGCAGGACUACAGGAUAAUCCUCAGAGGUUCAAGACUGUGAUGAGUGCUCAAUCUAUGAGUUCCCUUAUGCUGUCACCAGAGCCAUGUGAGAUUGUAAGUGAUGUUCCCAGUUCCAGGUCUGCAAGUGGUUUAGAUGCAGCAUCUUGCUCCAACCAAGAUUUUUCAACCUUCAAGGAUCUGCAAUUCCAUUCACCUGACUUGCCCCUUGUGAAAGAUGAGAAUUCUGAGCUAUUCAUUGAAGAAGGAAUAGGACCUGACACACAUUGGAUAUAUGCACUUCUUCAAAGGGAAGAACAGAACCCAGAAAAAGAAAGUCUUCAUUCACUGAGCAAUUUUCCUUCCUGGGAGAAUACCACCAGUGAUAUUUUGGUAGUAAAUGGUGAAAAACCUGCUGCCAACAUUCCUCAAUCUCAAAGUAAUGGCCAUGAUGAUGAGAAGCUCUUCCAGUCUUCCUCUGCUGACAGGCUUCACUAUAAAAAUCUGCCUCAGGUCAAAGGAAGAUAUACAGCUGAUGAGGAAUCAGUUCAAGAAGAGAAGCCAGAAGAUGAAUGGAAGCACCCCAAGGGUGUUGAGGAGGAAUUCAAUCACCAAAUUGAAAUCCUGGAGAAACUCUUGGUGCUGGAAUUGAAUCAAGUGGAAAAAUGGCAUUCUCUCGUGUCUCAAUGCCAACACCGUUCAUCAUCUAUGACUCCUGGAUUCUCCUUUAUUUGCAGAUACCUGGACCAUCUUCUCACCUCUUUCACCAAGAUUUCUUCUGACAAGCAUGGUGAUUCUUCUGAAGAGCAGCAAUUCAAUGAUGACUUAACAAGAAGGUCUGAGGGAAAAUCCAAACACAACUUCAGAUUGCUUCAUUCAUGGCUAGACUCAUGGGGUAUGGAUCCAAGAAAAUUCAUGGCUGCAUCCCAUGAUUUUGUAAAGGAAGUCCAGCAUGCAUCCAAAGACUUGCUGAAGCUUGCUGAAGAAAAAGUGGUGAUGACAGCACAUUCAAUGAACCGGUUUGGGCGCAGUGUGUGGGAAAAGAAUAGAAAACCCUUGAAAGAUAUUUUGCAGGAAUUUGGGAAGCAGGUCCAGACUAUUGGUGGAUUGAGGGCCAUUCAAGUGAGACACUCAAAAAGUGGGAAGAACAUUAUCAGACCUGGUGGGAGGAUCGAUCUCAAAGCAGGGAAGAGCAACAAAUAUCUGAAGCGGAAACAGAACUCUGGAGUCCUCGAUGGCAUUGGGAAAAUAGUUGGUCGGCGCCUAGCCCAGGCGCUGACCGACCCACCAGCCCUAGCCCUCCUUAGAUAA